AUGGAUUCCGCCGCACUCGCAGGCGUUGCCAUCCCGCAACAGGAGGCCAACGAGAGCGAGAAGCAGAUGGACCAGUUCUACCAGCCCCAAGUCGGCAGCGACAAGAUCUCGCUCGCCGAGUACCGCUACUGGGCCGCCCGCCAGCGUGAGCGCGAGCGCAACGACACCGCCGACUUCCACUCCCGCGGCCUUGCGUCCUUCGCGCACACCGUCAAGGGCAAGAUUGGUAAGGGCGAGAAGGACCAUGACGUCCACGUCCGCGAGGCUACCGACUCGCCCACGUUCGACGACGUUGCAGCCGACCUUGAGGGGUUGUCGGAGCGCGAGUUGGAGCUUGUCAACGCUCGCCGCGCCCUCCGUGUCGCAGGAUGGGCGACCAUCUUCUACCUGAUCACUACCGACAUUCUCGGUCCGUUCAACGCUCCGUACGCUAUCGCGUCGAUGGGAAUGGCAUCAGGCGUCGUCCUCUACGUCGUUUUCGGCAUCAUCGCCUUCAUCACCGGCGUCAUGCUCCACCGUCUCUUCCUGCACAUGGACUCGGUUCGCUACCCGAUCCGCACUUUCGGCGACUUGGGCGGCCGCGUCUUCGGCAGCUGGAUGCGCCACCUCUGCUCCAUCCUUCAGGCGAUCCAGCUCGUCCUCAACGUCGGUCUCAUCUGCUUGAGUAACGGACAAGGCGUCGCUCAGAUUGCUGCCGGCGGCAACGGCCCUGCGAUCUGCUUCUCGGUCGCCGUUGUUAUCUGGACGAUUCUCGGAAUAAUCGUCGGCCAGAUCCGUUCGCUUCAGGGUCUCGGUCUCCUCGCCAACAGCUCCGUCUGGCUCAACAUCUUGAUCAUCAUCCUCUCGAUGGCCUUCAUUGCGCACUCGCCGCCCAACUACGCCUCGGCUGCCGCCACCUACGGUGACAGCAUUGGUACUGGCCCGGUCGUCGUCGUCGCUCGUGUCAACCAGCCGGUCUUCUCGCAGGUCAACGGCUUGAUGAACAUGGUCUUCGCUUACGGCGGUUCGAUGAUCUUCCCCGAGUUGAUGGCCGAGAUGCGCCGUCCGCACGACUUUAUCCGCAGUAUGGCGCUCGCGCAGGCCCUCAUCAUCACCUGCUACCUCGUCUAUGGAAUCUACGUCUACGCGAUGCAGGGACAGUACACGCUCCCGCUCGCCUACCAGGGCGUCUCGCGCUACGCUUGGCAGACGGUCACGAACGUCAUCGCCCUCAUCACCGGCGCCAUCGCUGCCGGCCUCUACGGCAACAUCGGUCUCAAGGUCAUCUACAUCAACAUCGUCGAAGGACUCCUCAAGGGCCCGCCUCUCAUGACGAGCCGCGGACGAGUCGUCUGGUCCGGCAUGGUCGUCCUCUUCUGGGGCACGGCAUUCGUCAUUGGCAGCGCUAUCCCAUCCGUGGGAACCUUGUCCGGCCUGGUUGCUGCCGUGUGCAUCUUCCAGUUCACCUACACGUUCCCACCUCUCUUCACCCUCGGCUACUGGAUCUCGGUCGAUGCCGCGGCCGGAGACGAGGAGUUUUCUACUCCCGGCGUCGCCCCUCGCCGCGUCGACAACUGGACGAACAUGUCGCGUUGGUCUCGCGGUAUCUUCGGCGGUGGCAUGAAGCGCGUCUUGUACAAGCUCGGACUCUUCCUCUUCUUCCUCGCCGCAUUGGCGACGGCAGCGCUCGGCAUGUGGGCCUCGGGUACCGACCUGCGCGAGGCGCUCAAGAAAGGCGCAGCCACUUCCUUCGGCUGCACCGCGCCCGUCUAA